AACAGAAUGGGAGCUGUCUUUUGGUGCGUGUAAGGGUCCCACCGUGGUUGGAUUUGACAGUGCCUGCGUUGGUUAUACGAAAAAGGGAGGUUUUUCAGGGUAUGGAAGCUGUAAAGCAGGUUUGAGGGAAGCCUAUAGAAAAGAUGAACAAACCUCGACAGGCAGCAAGUGGACAAGAAGAAAUUUGUGAGCAAAAUGUUAGUCAAGACACAAGCUUCCAACUUCACAGAACUCUAUGUGAACUUCAACGUUUACUUAUAAAACACCUCGGCUUGACUUGUCAAGGGCAAAUGAGAUCUCGGGUCGCAAGUCCUAUUCAGGAAGAGCAAAAUGAAAGAUCGAGAAGCUUCAACUGGGAAUGUCCAGGAGAAGCAGAAUAUGAAACUGUCCGUGGAAUUCGGAAACAACAAAAGCAACUGUUGCAACAAGAACACCUUGAAGGCAAAGAUACCUCUCUGAGGAAGCUUCUCCUGGAACUUUUACGUUCCCUCUGGAGAUAUCUUCUAUUUAAAUCUACAGGCGAGGAAAACGAGCAACUGAACUCCGCUAGAUGCAGUAGUUUUCAUCAUGAAUGGAGAGAAUUCCAACAAAUUAUCUAA